AAACAAUGCAGCUCCUGUGUAUUGCAGCUUUACUUUUGUCAGCGGUAGCUGCUCAGUCAGGUUCCCGGAGGCCAUGGCAGGAGGGACAGUUCCUGACUACCAGUGAACCGAAGCUGGAUGCAGACUCUAAGAGUGUUGACGACGAGCAGUCAGUGACACAUGCCCCAGAAGAUGGACAAGAAGGGUUGGGUGGAGGCUGGCCAGCAUGGGACUCAGACCACCGGUCUCAAGUUUCUGCUUCCGGCAAAAGACAGACUGUUUUCAUUUCUGAUGGUUCUGAAAGCCAUCAUCCUCGGCCCGCCAGGCAAUCAGGGGGAUCCAGAGGCAGAGGACCUUCAAGAGGGCAGAGGCCCAACAGGAGGAACCCCGGUGCAAAGGUGUUUUCCCCUGUGUUCAAGGUUGACAAUGUGACAUUUCAGAACAUCACUGAUGUAACCCUGAAGGAGGGAGAGAACAUAUUUCUGAUGCCGAGGCAUGGAGGAAGAGGAGCUCACAACCACAAGGGAGGAAGACAUGGGCCUCCGAAGGAUGUGCAAGUUGUGAAGCUCAUCUACAACGCCACAGAGCCGAACAAAGUUUCAGUUGAGUUUGGGCUUUUUAAACCUAAACUUGGUGAAUUUAUUGGAGAAGAAAACAAUGAUGAAGAUUAUUGACAACAAUAAAAGGAAGAAACAACCACAAGUUCGAUUGACUAACUUCAAAGAAGAUUCCUGUUUUCCUU